AUGCUUGUGUGCAGGCCAGUACCGCAGCAAAACUCUGAUACAAAGAAGAUCUAUACCUUUUGGGGCAAAAAAGGCCGUCUAGACCAGACUCACAUUCCAAGCGGAGCUCUGCAAGUCCACAGCCUGGCAAGUCGGGCUCAAUUGGAGCUGAUGCAAUCGGCUUCGAGUGGUCUCCAACGCCUUCGUUUGGUUCCCCUCGCAUACGCUCAUCCUUUUGUCCGUUCGGCUGACAUGAAGCAGCGGAACCGAGACACCGGCCCUGGAGGAUUAAAGUCUAUCCGCUGGGCAAGAGGGGAUUUAGGAAAUCGGAAAGUUGCAAAUUUACGCUACUUUUGCUGCUCAAGUCAACACAGUUUAUGUAUGUAUCGAUACUGCGUUGACAAAGCGAUGCAAUGCAAUCUUCGUAGUGUAACAAAUUCUCGUGAUUUUGGUGAGAGGACCCGCUUAGGCUAUUGA